AUGGACUGGACGUGGACGUGGACGUGGAUGGACGUGGACGUGGACGUGGACAUGGACGUGGACAUGGACGUGGACGUGGACGUGGACGUGGACAUGGACGUGGACGUGGACGUGGACGUGGACAUGGACGUGGACGUGGACGUGGACAUGGACGUGGACGUGGACGUGGACGUGGACGUGGACGUGGACAUGGACGUGGACGUGGACGUGGACGUGGACAUGGACGUGGACGUGGACGUGGACGUGGACGUGGACGUGGACGUGGACGUGGACGUGGACGUGGACGUGGACAUGGACGUGGACUGUGGACGUGGACUGGACGUGGACGUGGACGUGGACGUGGACAUGGACGUGGACGUGGACGUGGAC